AAGUCGGAAAGCGUUAAAAUGGGAAAAAAGAAGAACUAAAUUGCUACAAUUUUCCAGCCAACGUCGUUAUUUGAGCUGCUAAACAGAAACAUUGGCCAAACGUCUGUCAGAUUGCAGGUGACAUCUGUAAGUGUCACACACAGAAAUUUAGGCGAGCGCUUCAAGUAUAUAGUUACGGUCUUAAAAAGCGUUACAAAAAAAUUCAACGGUAUUUUUUGGAACUUUAGAAAUAAAAGGAAGAGAAAAAAAAACAAAAUAAGAAAAAAUUGUGUUUUUCUUGUGGCCGACAUCAUCAUCCACAUCUCAUCAUCGUUUUGCGAACUUCACAAGUCAAUCAAAAGACAAAUCUCAAUUGAGCUCUGUCGGGCGUACAUACACACAUCUCUGGUCUCUUUCUCACGCUCACUCUCCAACAUGGCCAGCCUCCUUGUCUAGCCUACGGACCAGCCAUUCAUUGGUGUGAGAGCUCAAGAGACUUUUAGGGGAGUGAGUGAAUGAGUGCGUACUGGGAACUGUUUCUAGCUCUGGAUGUCUACGUGUGUGUGAGUGUUGUGUGUUUGCUUUGCUGCUUCAGUUGGUAAAGACGUUAAGCAACAGUGAUUAGUUAAUUUACUCGUUGACUUCAACGUGAACGGACGUGUCAAAGAGAGUGCGACAAAACGAAAGAAUAACAUACAACGGUAUUAUAGAAAAAAUACAAAAAUAAUAACAACCAAGAAAAUUUACGCCAAGUGGAUUAACAGAAAAAAAUAAUAACAAGAAUAUUAAAAGCAAGCAAUUGUAGCAAGUGUUUAGUGUUGAAAAAAUUGAGAAAAAUAAAUUUAAAUGUUUGUUAAAAUUUAGCAAAGCCACCAAAACAGUGGAAAAUAUUUGAAUUUCCCAAAGAGAAAGAAAAACAAAAAAAUAAUUCCUCAAAAAACCCCCCUACAACUUUGUGUUAUCCCCACCACAAAUGGCCUUAGAGGAUCGUUGUAGUCCCCAAUCAGCACCAUCGCCUCCAGGUCUACCUCAAUCGCCACAAGCCAAUCAAGCGUCGUCUCCCCAACAGUCCACGCCACCAGCAGCCAGCUAUUACAAUCCGGCUAUUUUGGAUAUGAGUUUAUCACAAACCAGUCUUGUUGUUGAUCCUGCUACCGCCACAGUUGCCGCUGCCGCCGCCAUGUUACCGCACACCGUUGCCUCCCUGUAUCAGCAACAACAAUUGCAACAUUUGCAACAAUUACAUCAUUUACAACAAUUACAUCAACAACAAUUGGCCGCCGGGGUGUUUCAACAUCCCUAUGGUCAUGACAUGACGAGUGGAGCCCAGGCUCGUCUGAGUGUUUCGCCCGGAGCCCAUUCGACCACAUCUUCCACACCAGCCUCCUCGUUGACCAUCAAGGAAGAGGAGAGUGAAUCAAUAAUGGGUGAUAGCUUCUCGGCGGAACAUGAACAAUCCUCGUCGUUUCAACAUCAAAAUGUCACCGAAGAUGAGGAUGAAGAAUGUGACAUUGAUGUGGAUGUCGAUGAGACGGAGGAUGAGGACAAGUCACGCAUACCACCACCAGCCCAUCAGCAGUCCAGCAAACCCACCUUGGCCUUUAGCAUUUCCAAUAUUCUGAGUGAUCGUUUUGGUGGUGUGGAACAGCACAAGGAUGAAACUCCCACGGCAAGACAGACACAAUUUCCUCCCACACAUCAACAGGGAUCGAGUAUCUACCGGCCAUUUGAUCAAUCGAGAGCAGCCACAGCCACUCCUUCGGCAUUUACCCGUGUGGAUCUGUUGGAGCUGAGUCGCCAACAACAGGCCGCUGCUGCAGCUGCCACGGCAGCCAUGAUGAUUGAAAGAGCCAACAUCUUAAAUUGUUUUAAUCCUGCUGCCUAUCCCCGAAUCCAUGAGGAAAUUUUACAAAGUCGUAUGCGCCGGACAGCGGGCCACUUAAUGCCAGGUGGCCAUAAAAUGAUGACAGAUCCCUCUCUCACCUCACCACCACCACCACCCUCAGGCCAAUCAGCCUUGGGUUCCUUAUGUAAGACAGUCUCACAAAUUGGACAGGCGACACCAACCACGACAUCCACAAAUGGUUCCAAUAAUUUGCUACUAUCCACACCACCUGCCUCCUCAACACCAUCUGGAUCCUCGGUGGCCAGUAUGGCUUCACCGCCACCCUCAUUGCCAAAUACCUCGAUUUCAAGUUCAUCAUCAUCAUCAUCCUGCCCAUCCUCGUCAUCCUCGUCAUCAUCUUCAGCCUCAUCAUCGUCGGGAAAUUCAUCACAAAAUUCCUCACCCACCAGCCGUAAAAAUCAAAGUCCCCAACCCAUCCCGCCACCGUCGGCAAUUAGCCGUGACUCGGGCAUGGAAAGUUCGGAUGAUACAAAAUCGGAAACGGGCUCCACAACAAAUUCGGAAACUGGUAAAAAUGAAAUGUGGCCAGCCUGGGUAUUUUGUACACGUUACAGUGAUCGUCCCAGUUCUGGUCCCCGUUAUCGUCGCCCCAAACAACCCAAAGACCCCAAGGCGACCGAUGAAAAACGGCCAAGGACUGCAUUCUCCGGCGAACAAUUGGUGCGACUAAAACGUGAAUUCAAUGAAAAUCGCUAUCUAACCGAAAGGAGACGCCAACAAUUAAGUGCUGAAUUGGGUUUAAAUGAGGCCCAAAUUAAAAUCUGGUUCCAAAAUAAACGCGCCAAAAUCAAGAAGUCCACCGGCACCAAAAAUCCCCUGGCCCUGCAAUUGAUGGCCCAGGGUUUGUAUAAUCACACCACAGUGCCGCUGACCAAAGAGGAGGAAGAACUGGAAAUGAGAAUGAAUGGACAGAUUCCAUAGAUUUCCAUAACACCCAAAAAAAAAAAAAAAAAAAAAUACAAAAAAAUAAAACCAGAUUAGUGCAAUACCCUGAAAGUGUAAAUAGUGGUUGAGAAAAGAGAAUCAAAGCCCAAGAACAAAUUACAAAAAAAAAAAAAAAAAAAAUGUAAAUUAUUUGUCUCGUUUUAAUUUUAAAUAGCAAGUUUUAAUUAUUGUGAUAUAGUUAUUGUAAACUCCCAAACUAAAUCCUUUAUGCUUUUGUAAAUUUCAACAAAUUUCUUAAAACAAAAAAUCUCAGCUUACUCGCCUUCCUAAAAAAAACUGUAAAUUUUAUUUAAAAUUUCCAUAAUCUUUAAUUUAUUAACAACAAUCAACAAGAUCUAUGGAAAUUUAAUGGUUUUGUACAAAAUACAAAAACAAAAAAAUAA